GAUGGACAUCGCAGUGAUUUAGAGGUCGUACCCGUGGGUUCACUGCAACGAGGAAAGCCAGCGUUGGUGCAAGGCAUCGCCACGACCACAAAGCUUUGUAACGCGACAUCUGAGCCUGCAACCGCACAUCUCAAGCACGAAACUGCAGCAGUCAUGGCGCCACCAUGCAUCGGCAUCGACUUAGGUGCAGCAAAAACGAUGGUCGUAGGAGAAACGGGCGAGAUCGUGCGUAAUGAGCUCGGCGGCCACAGUUCGGCGUCGCUCGUCGGCUUUAGUGGAGACGAGAGGUAUGUGGGAGAGGGCGCCGUGGCGCAGCUCGCGACGAAUGCCAAGAACACGGCGCGCAUCGGCGAGCGCCUUCACGGCCGUGCCGAGGGUGGCGGCUUCACGGCGUUCUACGCCGGCGCCGAGACAGCCAUUGCUGAUGACGCUCUAGCAGCGGCACUACUGAGGAACGUCGGCUCAUUAGCGAACAAAACCUUCGGCGGCGUCCAGGCGACGGCCCUAGUCGUGCCUAACGCCUGGGAGGAGUCGCAAAUCGCCACGCUAGCUAGAGCGGCAGCAGCCGGGCUCGACGGUGGCGUGGAGUUUGUGAAGGCAGAUUCAUGCUUAAGGCUGGCCUACGAGAAGCGCCACGCGACGAACCUGGAGAAGGACGAGACUAGAGUUGUGGCCUUUGUGGACGUUGGUAGGUGUGCUGCCUCUUGCGUCGUGUGCUCCUUUACCCAGGAAGAAUCGUCGAUCCUAGCGUCCGAAGCUUCUACCGAUGGCACUUACGCGGGCACCGCAGCCUUAGAUGCGUUGGUCUACGACUACUUGCUCAUAAAACUGCCGAAGGGCGUCGACAAACCGGUAGCAGGAUCGAAGAAGGGUCUGCGACUACUAAAUGCCUGUGAAAGAUUGCGAGUACUCCUGUCAACCAUGGAUUUAGCUAAAGUGACCUGCGAGAACUUGGGGGAGGAAAGGGACGUGCCCCUAGAAUUAACGAGAAAGGAGCUCGAGGAGGUCUGCGCGCCUGCGCUGAAGGGUUUAUAUCACUUGUUGGAACGAGCCAAAAUGGGCGCCGGCAUGGUCGUCGACGCCGUCGAACUGGUGGGGGGCGGGUCGCGCGUCUGUGCGGUCCGUAAUUGCGCGGGCGAGGUCUUCGGCACGUCCACUUUCGGCGCGAAGAUGGACGACGCGUCGUUAGCUCAUGGGGCUGCCUUAGCUCUGGCGACGGAGCGCGACGCGCGGAAGAACGUCUGGUUGCAACGAGAGGCGCUUGUUGCCGCGCAAUCGAGGUCUCAUGAGAACACGAAGUUGCUGGACGAGGCGAAGGCAAACCUGGACAAGGAGGAGAAGGCCGCGGCGUUCAAGGCGCAAGAAGCGGCCGCGGAGAAACCGGAGAACGGCGACGGCGACGAGGCCCCGGUGCCCGCCGCGGAAGACGCGCCCGAGUCGACGCUGCAGAUCCGCGUCCGCGUCCUCUCGCAAAAAGCUGAGGAUUUGAAGGCGGACGAGCGGAAGGUGACUUCCGCACUAGAACAAGCCGCGGACGUCGCUGAUAGAGCUGCGAAGGUCUUAGCCACAAGGCCCGAGACCGACGCGGUUGAGCUGAGGAAAGCCGAGGACGCCAUGUGUGAGAGGGACGAAGGUGUGCGAUUGGUCGCGGAGCAGCGGAACGCCCUCGAGACGUGUGUCUUGGAAUUACGGGCCGCGAAGAACGGCUCGCACUACAAGCUUUUUGAGGAGAAGGCGGUGGAAUUUGGUGACUUACUCCAGGCCGCCGAGGACUGGCUCUGGUCGGACGAGGCGUCGAACGCCGACGCCAUCGCGCAGAAGAAGGAGCAGGUCCUCGCGGAUGCCAAAGCUCUGGUACCGGAGUACUUCGCCAAGGUCGAGGCGGAGCGGUUAGCUACUGAAAAAGAACUAGAAAAGGAAGCGGCGACGGCGACGAACGAGGAUGAUGAUGAUGAGCGAAGGGAGGAUCGCAUCAACGCGGAUACGCGAAAGUUGAAAUUCGCCGACCGAUUUCGAUUGGUCGAGAAAAAUAAAGCGGAGGGCACGGAGUUAUUUAAAGAUGGCAAUAUUCAUCAUGCCGCCAAACGGUAUAAGGACGCUCUAGGUCAUGCCUCGAAGCUGCGGGAGUACGACUUGGGACCCGACGACGCCGCGAAGACCAAAAAGAUAAAGGUGGACUUACAUGUGAACAUGGCCCUGUGCUGGACGAAGCUCCAGAACAACGACCAAGCUUUAAAGAGUGCCGGCGAAGCCCUGGCCCUGGAACCGGCCCACCCGAAGGCCCUUUACCGAAGAGCCGCGCUCUACGAAAAAACCUCAAAAUUCGACGAGGCCAAGGCCGACCUCAAACAGGUCUUGAAGGCCAACGAGGCCGACAAGGCCGCGCUUGCCCUCAUGAAGCGCGUCGACGCGCAGCUCGCGCGGCAAAAGGCGAAAGCCAAAAAGAUGGCGGCGAAGAUGUUCGCCUAGGGCGUUUUAAUAUUGGAAGUUUU